GACGCUGCUCGGAUCGCUAUGAUACAAGAGAGGCGGGAAAAGGCAGAGAAACGUUUGCGGAGGCGAAGAACAAUCCUCAACAUCAAGUCUGAUGAUGACAAGAAGCAUAGAGAUGAUAGAAUUGGUCGUCAGUUUGAGGAGGUGGUCCGAGCAACUCAGAAACAGCACAAGGGCGACCUUCCGGAGAAAGACAGCGAGAUUCUCAAAAAUUCAAACAAUAAUAGUUGGUCCAGACUUAAAAACAAGAUUGAUGUUAUCAAAAACAUGAGAAAAUCUGAACCUAUUGAUACUGGCAGAAUAAUUGACGAGAAGCCGGAAGUGGUAAACGAGAAGUGCAUAUUAGAAGAAGAGGAUGAGGAAGUGAUCCCUUCCUUUGACCCAGCCAGUCUCAGUCGACCUACCACUUUCAAUAUUUCGAACAGCUCGUUUGCUAUCAAACGACAUAACUUUGCAGACUUAUCGGAUAAAGACGAUAUUAAUGUCAAAACUGUUAUCGAAACCAGACCGGUUCAGCCUGUAGCACCUGCCCCUGGUGCACCACCUCCACCUGGUGCACCACCUGCACCUGGUGCUCCUCCAGCUCCAAGACCACCUGGUGUGCCCCCAGCUCCAAGACCACCUGGAGCACCUCCUGCCCCUCCACCACCUCCCGGUGCCCCUCCUGCACCCAGACUUCCAGGCGCUCCUCCCCCUCCUCCUGCCCCACGCCCGCCGGGAGCUCCGCCUCCACCUCCUGCCCCUCGACCACCUGGUGCCCCACCAGCCCCUCGAGCUCCUGGUGCCCCACCAGCACCUCGACCACCUGGUGCCCCACCAGCCCCUCGACCUCCUGGUGCCCCUCGAGCUCCUGGCGCCCCGCCAGCCCCAGGUUCUAAAUCAGACGGUGUAUCAGCCAAGCGAAAAGUAGCAAACAAAAAAGAUUUAGUAAAAGUUUUCUGGUCUAAGGUAAAUCUAAAUAAAACGACUGGACUGCCGCCUACCAUUCCGGGUUACGCCGCCUCGAAAAUAGAGUCUAAAUCUAUAUGGAGAGAGCGCCCGGAGGUUAAGGUCGACUACGACCAACUCGCCGUUCUUUUCGCCAAAAAGAAGAUAGAAACGAGUAAGUCCCUGGACACUGAAAAAUCUACGGCGGCAAAGUUCAUCAGAGUUCUGGAAGGCAGCAGGUCCCGUACAGUAGGACUCCAGCUGCCUCAUCUGCCAGCUGCGCGCCACAUCAAACAAGCUAUCCUCAACAUGGACACUUCCCACAUCACUCGAGAGGGCAUCAGUUCGCUGGUUAAGUUGGUGCCAUCUGAAGAGGAGAAGAACCAGAUAACCGAAGCCAAGUUAGCUAAUCCCGACAUUCCGCUUGCCAAAGAAGAAGAGUUCGUGUACACACUUUCAGUAAUCCCCAAUAUCAGGAAUAGGCUGAACAUCUGGGCUUUCAUGAUCGACUUCGACGCUUUGGAAGACGAGGUAGCGGACUAUCUGAUGGAUCUGAAGGAGUGCUGCUCGGAACUGAAAUCUUGUAAAACACUGCAUCUCAUCAUUAGUUACCUUCUGGAGAUUGGCAACUUCCUCCGCCAGGAAACGAGUGACGGUUUCGAGCUGACGUUUCUGAGCAAAGUGGCGGACAUCAAGGACACAGUUAAAAAGCAAACCAUGGUACACCACGUAGCCUGCAUGAUGCACCAGAACCACCCAACUCAAGGGGACCUGCACCGGGAGAUAGGACACACACACAGAAUAUGUCGGAUCUCGUUUGACGAAGUGGGCGCCACUUUAGAGAAGAUGGAUCAACUUUGUGAUCGUAGCUGGGAAGAUCUCCGCAUCAUAAGCAAACACACGUCUUCUACAAACGAAAUUAUGCAGAAGCAGUUGACCUUUUUACGAUCGGUUGCUGAGCGGAUUAAUAUCUUGAAACUAGUGAAUAAAAGGGUUGCCAACAGAUAUUAUAAUUUACUUCUCUACUUUGGAAUAGAUCCUGUAAAAAAGUUCAUGGUACCAGAUGAGUUUUGUAGGAUUAUAAGCGAGUUUGCUCUGGAGUACCGCACAGCGAUUGAAGCGGUCGUACUGGAGCAGGCGAAGAAGAAGAAAAUGAAGGAGCGCCGUAAAACACGAGGUAUAAAGAUAACAGAUAUUAAGAACAUGGUAUCCGGGAAACACGUCGGAAGGCCUGACCGGGAACGAGCGGAAAGUGCCAAUCAGGCUAUCGAUCCAAAAACUAAGAAACUCCUUGCCAAGACUAAAUCCCCAGCACCAGCAGCAGUAGAAACACCAGACACCCCUGAAGAGGUAGCCCUGUCCCUGGAGAGUGCCCUGCAACCUGAUGGACCUAGGCGCAGAACUCGGCAGCGCCUCAAAUCUAAAAUGGCUCAAAGGAAGUCUCUCCGACGUACACUGAAGAGUGGGAUUACGGAUGAAGAGCUAGCGGCAGCGGGAAUCAAGUGAACUCAGUGUCCUGUCUUUCCGGAUAAAGAGGAGAAUUAUCAGUUGUGAAAACUCACAACUUUCCGAUUAUAUUGUGUACAGUAUUUUAUAUUGUAAAUAGAUUGACCUGAGUUCAAGAGUGUGUUCAAAUGAUGAAUCAGAAUGAGUUAACACUGCUCUACAGUCAGAGUUAACACUGCUCUACAGUCAGAGUUAACACUGCUCUACAGUCAGAGUUAUAAACACUGCUCUACAGUCAGAGUUAACACUGCUCUACAGUCAGAGUUAACACUGCUCUACAGUCAGAGUUAACACUGCUCUACAGUCAGAGUUAACACUGCUCUACAAGUAUAGUCAGGAGAUGAUUUAACAGGAAUGUGUUAUGACGACAAUAUAAUGUCAUGAUUAUGCACUUACUUUAUAGCUAUCUAAAUUAUUUUUAAAGAAUUACUAUUAUUAUGUUGACACGUGUUCGCAUUAGCUUUAUUUCAAAUUUAAAAUAUUUACUGGGUACAUAGUAGGAUCUAACUCGAUUUAAAAUUAAAUAACUUAAAUGUGUUCCAAAAUUAAUAUAUUUAAGAAGUCAGAUUACUUGUUUAUUAACAAUUUUUGUACGUUUAUUACAGUUAUUGCCAAGUUGAUUGUAUUAGCGACCUGGAAUAAUAAAUUUUGGAAAAUUAAAAAGAUGUGCACAGUUUGGUUAGUAUUAUGUUGGGUUUUGAUAGAGACCAACUUUACUAUCAAGUAUCAAGUUUUUAAUUAAUCAGUUAUUACAGGCAAUUGUUUCCCGAGAGAUAAAGAUUAAGUGUUCAUGGAAAUUACAAUUUUUUAAUAAGAAUAAUUUGUAAGAUGACAGAUUUAUUCCAAAGUUAAUAUUACACAGAAAAUUAAUCGUGUUUGAAUGAAAUAUAAGGAAAAUGUCCUGCUUUAUUAUGGGGGUUAAGGUUGUUCAUACUUUAGGUAGGCCAGUGGUAGGAUAUUUAGGCCAGUGGUAGGAUAGCGGGCCUGUAAAAAUGUUCCGGGACAUAA